GGAGGAAGAGGAGGAAGCGCUUAGGAGCGGUGCCGGUGUGGAGCGCGUGGCGGUGUCGUCUGCGGUCGAGUCCAAAUGUCUUUACGCACAGUUUCCAGAGAGGCGCUGGUCGGAUCCAUCACACUCGGAGUCGUUUUCAUCGUCGGUUACGUUUUCGGGAAAAAGAAAUCUUCCAGAAUGAGCCUCUCCAAAAGUCACGGCGAGGGAAAAGAAAACCCACUGUUACAGUACGUCCUCAAUCACUCCAUGAGGGAGCAUCCGGUUCUGAAAAACCUCAGGCUGAGAACACUGGAGGACUCCUGGAGCAUCAUGAUGGUAUCCUGUGAGCAGUCACAGUUCAUGGUCAAUCUGGCAAAACUGAUAAAAACCAAGAAAGCAUUAGAGAUCGGAGUAUACACAGGUUACAACACACUGAACAUUGCUCUUUCUUUGCCUGAUGACGGUGUUGUGGUGGCAUGUGACGUCAGUGAAGAGUACACUAACAUUGGAAAACCCUUCUGGAAAGAGGCUGGAGUCGAGCAAAAAAUUGAUCUUCGCAUACAGCCAGCACUGAAAACUCUUGACAACCUCCUUGCUGCUGACCAGGCUGGAACAUUUGACUUUGUCUUCAUCGAUGCAGACAAAGUUAACUAUGACAGCUACUUUGAAAAGUCUCUGCAGCUGCUGAGAAAAGGAGGCAUCAUUACUAUCGACAAUGUGCUGUGGGGUGGGAAGGUGCUGAAUCCAACUCCUGAUGAUGCAGACACUGUGGCCAUUGACAAGCUGAACAAGAAGUUGCACAAAGAUACUCGCAUCAGCAUCAGCAUGCUCACAGUGGGAGAUGGGGUCACGAUCGCCAUCAAAUUGUAGGACAGAUGUCAGAUCAUUUCAAUGAAUUAUAGGCCUUUGAAAUUAGGAUAUUCUAGGAUACUGUAGGUCAUCUUUAAAUUGGGUGGAUUAUUAUCUGGUCAAAUGUGAUGGUAGUUGAAAUAUACAUGUGUAUUUCUGGCUGGACUCAUACCACCAGAGGUAAAUAUGGAGAUUCCAAAGCACUUUUUAAGAAAUUUCAAUGUCAAGUUUUCUUACGAACCAAGGUGCAGCAUAUGAAUUAUACCGAAUUUGAUAUUUUAAAAAAUUGUACACCA